AUGCCUACUAUCCGCAACCCUUUCGCCCGUCGCCCGGGUCCAGCAACCUUUACUCCAGACGACACCGCUCGCACAGAUGGCGAGAACCCGUCGCAUCCCGGCUUCGAGAAGCAGGACACCGUGGGCUCCAAGACCUCGUCUUCGUUGAGCGUUAGAACAUCCAAGAGCCAGGACAACGGCGAAUACAAGAUGAGCGUUGUCAACGAUAGCGGUGUCUACCUCCCUCCAUCUCCAACUGAGGAAAAGGGACUGUGGCCGCGCAAGUACCUCGGCUCGGGUCGCAACUCUACAGACACUCGCACCGACAGCGGCGAGAUUGAGCACUUCUCCAUCUCGAGAGAGUCUUUCGAUUCCUACAGACGGUCUUUCGACAUCUCAGCACGCUCCCCAAUCCCCCAGGCCGAUCUCCCCCAACGCCAGAGUCUCGACUCCGCACGAUUCCCGCGCCUGCCUCGAUCCGCGAUUGACAGAAGGUCCGACAGAGACCUUCCCACUGCCGACGAGGGCUUUGAGGAUGUCGGCCUGGACGACCACAAGCAACAGCCCAGCCGUAAGCGCGGCCUGUUCUCGCGCUUCGGUGACUCUGACCACAAGGAGCAGAGCGCUAAUUCCCCAAACGCAAGUGUGACCCGCUUCCUGACCGGACGAAAGCGCGGACAGAGCGGAGGUCAGGAACUUGGCACAAUCGACAUUGAGCGACCAAAGUCAGCGGCCUCUGUCAAGACCACCGAAGUACGCUAA